UUGUAUCUAUCUCUCUCAAGUUUCUAUCUUAUAGAAGUUAGCUUGUUCUAGUAUAAACUGUAUCUUGUAUCUUGAAUAAAUUUGUAAUAAAAAAAUUCGUAUUAUUCAAAUAAAUCUAACUCCUAAAUGGCCAAAUCAAGUUACACAACUGAAGACCACAUACAAAUGUUAAAACUCUAUUAUAAGAAUAAUUGUUCCUUGACACAAACGUUGCGUGCAUUGCGUCCCCUAUACAGCAAGCAUGGCGGCCCUUCGAAGUCGACUGUCCAACGUUUAGUAAACAAGUUCCAGAAGACUGGUUCGGUAAACAAUCAGCCAGCAGUGGUGCGCCAAAGAAAUGCAAGAUCUCUCGAGAAUAUCGCCGCGGUUCUUGAGAGUGUGCAGGAAAAUCCGAAUCAGUCGAUUCCAAACCGCGCGAAAGAACUCGGCCUCUCGCAGACUUCCACUUGGCGCAUUUUAAAUCGUGACUUGGGUCUGAAUAUUUCAAAAACUAAAAACCCGUUCAUUUCCAUCGUGAACAUGGACAUGGACCCAUUGGCUGAGUUGAUGCAAUGCGUUCAAUUUGCCGCUUACAAACACAGAGACCAACGCAGAGAAGAUCCCAAUAAGACACCAUUCAUAAAUCAUCCUAUAAACGUUGCAACUAUAUUAGCUGUUGAAGCUGGCAUUGAGGAUAAGGAAAUUUUGCAAGCGGCUCUUCUUCAUGACGUCAUUGAAGAUACAGAAACUACCUUAGAGGAAAUUGAAGUAGCAUUUGGAAAGAAUGUCGCUGACAUUGUUAAGGAAAUAACUGUUGACAAAAGUCUACCGGAACCAGAACGAAAAGAACUUCAAGUUGAACUUUCGAAAAAAUUAACCAAAAAUGCCAAAUUAGUUAAGUUAGCUGAUACAGUGGAUAAGCUCAGGGAUUUACAAAAUGUCCUUCCAGAUGGAUGGAACCAAGUAAGCUAUAAUACAAAACGUGGAUGAAUAUUUCGCUUGGGCCGAAAGAGUCGUUUUCAACCUUCGUGGGACCAACGAAGUUCUGGAAUCCAAACUUGAAGAUAUUUUCAGACAAAAAAAUCUACUCCAAUGAACUACAUACAUAUAAUGUAUCCUUCAUUUUAAUUUACUUUUAACCAUUCCUAAUAAAUGUUCUCAAAGAAAA